AUGACUCGAAGUUUUGCUUCGAUGCUUGACUAUGCAAAUCAUCUCUCCUUAACAUUUCUCAGCACUUUGUGCAGGUGUCUGAACCGAGCUUGUAUCAUAAUAGAUCCCGAUAGGGAUGUAAAUCUUGAUGGGUCAGCUUCAAAUCCAUGGCGGCUAUGCACAGUUGAUCAGGUAGAGUCACUGAAAGCUCUGCUUAGAGUCAUCCCCAUUUGGACUACAGGCAUCAUGAUGCAUAUCAACUUGAACCAAAACUCAUUUGCCACGCUCCAAGCAAACACCAUGGACAGGAACAUCUUGAAUUUUGAACUUCCAGCAGGAUCCCUCAAUGUGUUUCUGGUUCUCACUCUCACAAUCUGGCUAACCUUUUAUGACCGAAUUCAGUUGCCAUUGUUAGCAAGAUUCACCGGCAGGCCACGUGGCGGGCUUAGUCCUAAAGCGAGGACAGGAAUUGGUUUGCUAGUGCCAGUUGCAGCAAGGGCAAUGACAGCAGUAGUAGAAACCAUAAGAAGGAAAACUGCUAUUGAGGAAUGA